CUGAAAUAAAUAUAGUAAUCAACCCACCAAUAACUUACCACCAAAAAUUUCAAGUCCACACCGAAAGACAAAGGGUGAUUCCCCGAGGUCUAAUUCAAACUAAACCGCUAUCAUCUGCCCCCAGCGAUAACAAGAAGAAAUACUUCUCUAUAAGUAAGGAAAUGAAGUUUUACCCACUCGGGACUCGUUCAGACUCCUCUGUAAUUGGACUUAACUUGCCAUUGUUUGAUUUCAGUUUUGAAACGCUCCUGUUUAGUCCGAAGACAGUUGGGCGCUGAUUUAUAUGACUUUCUAAUUAAUUUAUACCGCGAUUGAUUCUGUGAAUUGUAUGAAGCUUUUACUUUGAGUGGUCUACCUGGUUUUCUUCAGUUCUUUGAGAUAGAAACAGGCAUCUUAAUGUAAUUUGAGAUGUCAGAGUCUACUGUCAUUGAUUAAAGUAACAUUAUUGCGAGAGUGAAAAAGGGACGACACUCUACGACAUGUAGUGCGCCAUCCUGCUUUAACAACCGUAAUAAUGUUUAUUCAUUAAGUCGUGGUAGAUUGAAUGGGCUUACAGUAACAGCAUGAGAAUGUAAAAAGAAGAAGAAGUUGCUGUUAACUGUACAAAAAAUAUUUAAGAGGCGACUGUGUAAAGGCUUAUCUAAGUAUCAGUUAACUAAAUUACAUCCAGACUCAGAACAAACAGUCCUACUCAUCCAACGAAAAAUUGUCCUUGGGCUCUCUCUCUCUCUCUCCAUUGCUCAGUCAGGCACAUUUUUAUUUAAGUAUUCUGCUUCUUGUAGCUCCUUGGAAGAAAUCUGUAAAAUGAAACACUUUUCAAAAUUUCUUCCAAAAAUACGAGAAAAUGUUCUGCUAUUUCUUUUAUCCAACAAAAUCAAUCAUUCAAAAUAAAUGGCUUACAACGUUUACUGUUAUAAUCUAUCAACAGUACAAUGAUACAGGUUUUACCACAACUUCUAGUUAACAUAAUGAGUUACAUAACCAAUAUCCAGUGUGGAUGACAAAUGAGUAUGAAAUCAAUUAAGAACUCAUUUCAUGGGAAUCAUCAACCGCUGUGUGUUGAUCACAUCAUGUCAUAAAUAUGUUAAAGUGUCUAGUCGUGUUAUAUUUUGUACGGAUUUUUGUUAGAAAUGCUGUUGCCGAUAUCGCAAUAGAUUAUUAUUACGGUAAUGACGAAAACACACGAACAACCCAUGAAUUUGGAUCGUGUUUGAGUGAGAAAGUUAUUAAUUCGUGUUCUCAGAAGUGCGGGCCACGACACGCCUGUUUGUGGGGACAAUGUUUUUGUGUUAAAGUACCUUCUGUACCUAAAACACAAUAUAAAACAGUAUUAUUAGAGGAAAGUGAUGAAGAUGUAUCGGAAUCUUAUGAAGACUUUGAUGACUCUCCCGAAACAUUGACUGAAAUGAAGAUCGAAUAUGAUGAUCUUGACGAGCGUCCCGUGUUGAGGCAUCAAAUCGCUCAUUUUUGCCCCAACCUAGAUAUCGCAAGAGUCUGCAUACGGAAAUGCAUGAAAGUAGCCAAACCAGCCUUUUGUGGUAAGGACCACGUUUGUUACUGCGGGCAUAAAUACGAUUUUCCUGGAAAGAAACCUAAAUUGAAGGCUACAGAUGUUCAUAAUCAGUUCAAGGAUUUGUACGAAAAGUAUUUUGGCCCCAAACACACUCAUAAUAAACACAGUCCAACUUGAUGAUGUUAAGUUUUCCUCCUCAUGUUUUGAGUAAAUUUAUGAUUCGUGGAUAUUAUUUUGUUUUAUUUAGAUCUACAUCUUAUUAACAUACGUUCGAUGAAAAAACAUCAGUUACAAUUUUAACAAUUUAGCUUAUCAGAUUUUAUCAAACAAUUUUAUACUAUGACUUAAUUCUGGUUACUGGAUAAAGUGGCUGUGACAAAUGAUUGCAUAAAAUAAAUAUAGAAUUGGUUAAUAAAUCUGCAAUUUCUGUUC